AUGCCUGAAUCCCGUGAAGAUUCUGUUUACCUCGCUAAGCUCGCUGAGCAGGCCGAGCGAUAUGAGGAGAUGGUCGAGAACAUGAAGCGCGUCGCGUCUUCUGACCAGGAGCUGACUGUUGAAGAGCGAAAUCUCCUCUCCGUCGCCUACAAAAACGUUAUUGGCGCUCGCCGUGCCUCCUGGAGGAUUGUCUCCUCUAUUGAGCAGAAGGAGGAGUCCAAAGGCAAUGAGGCUCAGGUUUCCAUGAUCAAGGGCUACAGAGAGAAGAUUGAGAGUGAAUUGGCUAAGAUCUGCGAGGAUAUCCUCGAUGUUCUUGAUAAGCACCUCAUCCCUUCAGCUGCCUCGGGAGAGUCCAAAGUCUUCUAUCACAAGAUGAUGGGUGACUACCACCGUUAUCUUGCCGAGUUCGCAACAGGCGAUAAGCGUAAGGAUAGCGCUGACAAGUCCCUGGAGGCUUACAAGGCCGCUUCUGACGUUGCUGUCACUGAACUCCCUCCCACUCACCCCAUCCGCCUCGGUCUUGCGCUGAACUUCUCUGUAUUUUACUACGAAAUUCUCAACAGCCCCGAUCGUGCUUGCCAUCUUGCCAAACAGGCCUUCGACGACGCUAUUGCUGAGCUCGAUACCCUAUCAGAAGAAAGCUACAAGGAUUCAACUUUGAUUAUGCAGCUUCUCCGUGACAACUUGACACUAUGGACUUCCGAUAUGCAAGAUUCAGCUGACAAGGCUGAUGACAAGGAUGGUGCUGAAGGCGGUGCUGACGAGUAA